GCUAGAAUUACAGGUAUUAGCCACCAUGCCUGGCCACCAACACUUACUGUUUUCUGUUGUUUUAUGGAUAGUAGCCACACUCAGGAGUGGAAAGUGUGUUUUCAUUGUGGUUCUCAUUUGCAUUACUCUGAUGACUAGUGAUGCUGAGCAUCUUUUCAUGAGUAUGUGGCCAUUUGCAUAUCAUCUUUGGAGAAAUCUAUUCAAGUCUAUUGUUUAAUUGCGCUAUGCAUUUUAUUAUUAUCUGUAUGUAUGAGUUCUCUACAUAUUUUAGAUGUGAACCCCCUAUCAGGUGUAUGAUUUGAAGGGAUUUUCUCCCACUCCAUAGGUUGCAUUUGGCUCUGCCAUGUCCUUUGAUACACAGGGCUUUUGGAUUUUGAUGUGGUCUAAUUUACCUACUUUUAAUUUGUAGCCUGUGCUUUUGGGGUUAUAUCCAAAAAACCAAUGCUGAACCCAUUGUCUGAAGCUUCCCCCAUAAUUUUCUUCUUGGAGUUUUAUAGUUUUAGUCCUUAACAUUUAGAUCUUCAAUUUGCUGAGAGUUAAUUUUUCUGUAUGGUGUUAUGUUAGUGUCCAACUUCAUUCUCUUGCAUGUGGAUGUUCAGUUGUUCCAGCACCAUUUGCUGAAGAGAUUGUCCUGAACGUUCCUGGCCCUCUUGUCAGAAAGCAUUUAGCCAUCUGUGAUGGUCAUUUCUGUGCUCAAUGUUCCACUCCAUUGCUCUGUGAGUCUGCCCAUGCCAGGGCCACCCUGUUUUAAUUACAGGAGCUUGUAAUGAGCUUUGAAAACAGGAAGUGUAAAGGCCUCCAACUUUGUUCUUUUUCAAGAUCGUUUUGUUUAUUUGGGGUCUUCUGAGCUUGCAUAUGCCUGAUAGUUUGCUAAAUUUCCUUUAGUUUUUAGAGUUCUUUUGUGGAAUCUUGUGUUUUGUACAUAUGGGAUCAUGGCUUUUGCAAAGUGGUAACUUUACAUCUUCCUUUUCAAUUUGAGUGUCUCUUAUUUCUUUGUCUUGCCUAAUUGCUCUUUCAGUUGUUGGCAUGACCACAUCACGCGUGUUCGCAUUGUGUGUGCAAAAACAUCAACUAAUCAUAGGAUCGUUUGGCAUAGUUAGUGUAUUAGAUCAUGUCCAAAACAAAAAUAGUACUAGGUUUUAUAAUGGUCCACGUAUUUACCUUUACCAGAGGUCUUUAUUUCUUCAUGACACUUUGAGUUCCUGUCUGGUGUUCUUUGUUUUCAAGCCCAAGGACUCCCUUCAGUGCAGGCAGGGCUGGUGGUACUGAGCUUCUGGUUAUCUGGUAGUGUCUUAAUUUCUCUGUCAUUUUUGAAGCACAGUUUGUGGGAUUUGGGCUCUUGGUUGAGAGCUUUAUUUUUUCUUUCUUUCUUCUAAGACUUUGAAUAUUUCAACCUACUGACUACUGGCCCCCAAAGUUUUUGAUGACGAAGCUGAUGAUGAUCGUUUGGGGGAAUUAUGACGACGUUUAUCUCUCUGGCAGCUCUACAGAUGUAGAUAAUGGACUUUAUUGUGUGUCCCACAGCACAGAACCCAUUUUUACAUUAUGAUGAUGUCAGCUGUGUUGAGGCAUCACCCUGACAUCAAUCAGAAUUUAAAGAGAAGUCAUUGAAUAUUUCAAGGAUACACAUGAUGGGGUCUUUAAAAGCCUGAAGUUAUUACGGAUUUGCAAACUAUAAAUGGAAAGGUCCCUGAAGCAUUGUACAGGUUUAAAUUCCGAAUACACUAAAUAUCCACGUCUAUAACCAUGUAAACAAAGAACACUAGCUUUCUUACAUAGGAAAAUAUUCUUGCCACCAAAAAAUGAAAGAGCUACUGUAGUGUAGGUUUUACCCAGCCAUGAUUGGCCCAUUUCUUACUCUGACCUCAUAAAGAGCCAUUGUUCCCAAAUUCCCAGCACCUAUAUAAGCCCCUGGCUGGGCCUAGGGUUUCGGUCCUUAUUGCCCGGUAAGCUGCUUUCUAGUGACCCGUGGUAUGUGACUAUAGUGAUAUUGCGUUUUCCUUCUUAGUGAGUAUUGUCAGUGUAGUUAAUAUAAUUAGCAUUGUUGGUUAGUUGUGUUAAUGUAAGAUAGUUAGUAGCUUGUUAAUUUUGUUACCGUACAGCAGCUAAUGCUGCUCGUUAGCAGCAUUAGCGUAGUGUAGUUAAUAUUGUUUUCUCUUCACAUAGUAUCGUUAGUACUGUUCUUUUGUAACGUUGGUAUUAUUAGUAUUCUUUGCCUAUUUAGCAUUAUUUCUUAAUAUCAUUAGUGUAGUUCAUAUAUAUUGUAUCAUUAUAUCCUUUAUUACACUUAUAUAUUAUAUAUUCAAUAUAGACUGUGAGUACUGUUAGCGCCCUAAACCUAGUUGGUAUAGCUGGGUGUACUGACUAGUUACUCAGCACAGUGAGUGUACACUGAGCGCAGAGGCCACCAUGGCGCAGCGGCUGCCCAUGAAGAAGUUCGGUGACUAUAAGUUCCUCAAGCACGUUAGCUCUGGCCCGAACAGCCAGGUGUUUCGGGGUGUGCACGUCCCCACGGAGACCAAAGUGGCAAUAAAACUGGUGUCCCGGAAGAACCACCCCAGCCUGGAAAGGCUCCACAGAGAGGCCGACGCCCUGAGGUCCGUGGCUCAUGAGAACAUCAUCAUGCUUCUGAACAUCCUCAAGAAUGAAGACAGUGUGGCCUUGGUGACGGGCUUCGUGGGCGGCGGGAGCCUCUUGGAAUACAUCAGCAAACAGCAGCGCCUGACCGAGCAGGAGGCCCGCCCCAUAUUCCGCCAGCUGAUGGAGGCAGUCGAGCACUGCCACCAGCAGCACCUGGUCCACCGCGACCUGAAGCCCGCCAACAUCCUGCUGGACAAGGAGGGGAAUGUCAAACUCGCUGCCUUCAGCGUGGCCACAGCCUUUCGUGAGGAGGAUUACCUGAACACCUUCUGCGGAACCCCAGCUUUCAUGGCCCCUGAAAUGCUACGCCGGGAGAAAUACGUGGGGCCGGAGGUAGACAUCUGGAGUUUGGGCAUCGUGCUGUACAACAUGAUAACUGGGCAUGUCCCAUUUUCCGGCGUCAGCUGGGAGGAACUGAGAACCAACGUCACCCAGGGGACCUAUGAGACCCCUGAUUACUUCUCUAAAGAGCUGAAAUCAUUUUUGGAGAGGUUUCUCACCGUGGAUGCCAAGUUGAGGCCCACCAUUUGUGAACUCAUGCAAGACACCUGGAUCCAGACCCAGGACCCACCGAAGCCGCCCAGGAAACGCACAGGGUCUGCGAGUCAUCACCACAGGCUGGGGAUUCCCCGUUAUCCGAUAAUCCCCGAGAAUUGCCCUGCGGCCUCCAUGUUCAUCCAGAAGAGCAGCUGCGAAGACGAAGAUGAAGAAGUAGACAGCUUUCUCGAGAAUGAGCUGCUAGAAUAUGAGCUCUCUGCCGAGUCUGAGAAGCCAGAAGAUGACAGCUCUGAGCAGGCCGGGCAGCCACAUGAGAAGACCAGGACCCCUUCCGUGGAAGAGGACCAGGCCCCGCAGGGGCUCGCUAGGAGUCUCGGCGACUUCUUCCGAAGCAUUUGCUGCUUCUUGCCGCCCAGGAAGACCUGCCCUCCGCCCAGGAGGAGGUGGCUGCGUUCCAACAAGGUGGUGCCAGUGACGAAGGACAGCUGAAGAGCCACGGCAACACGGAGAGCAAGAAGACCCCGAGCUCCCGGCCUCUUGACAUCAUGGCGUGGGAGGUGUGCCGAGUGUGGACCCACAGCUCCGGGUGGAAGUCGCCCAGAAGCAGCCUGUGGAGCGGACUCGCAGCUCCAAGGUGGGCAGGGGAGCUGGCCGGAAGCAGCCGCAGCCUGCAGAGGCAUCCGAGCACGGUGUCACCUGCAGGUGCCAGUGUGCUGCUUGCUCUCCGUGCUUCAGCUUUGGCCACCACCACCGCCUUGUUUGCCUGUUUGCAGCGGACGCGUUGGGCUGGCAGGAAGCAGUGAAGUUGCCACGUCUCCUGGUGAGUUCCGAGGCCUGGCCGUCUUUAGAGCAGGAGGUUGAGAUCUUCCACUCCGGCGGCCCCCCCUGGUGGGAGUCAGAUUCCCUGGAAAUUUCGUGGGGACAUGUGCCUCCUCCUGGCUGUCUGCCAUGGCAGCAGGGCACCCUGCUGGGACAGGGACUCAAGUGUGGGCUGCCACUGUGCUUUCCUGGUCUCCGCUGGCAUUCCUGAUCUCCUCUGGCAUUCCUGAUCUCCUCUGUGCUUUCCUGGUCUCCGCUGGCAUCUCCUGCCCAUCCACCUGCCCCCCAUCAUUUGAAGGAGCGUGGGCCUCUCUGUGGGGUCAAGUUCAGGAACUUUCGCAGAAAGGUUUUCAGCUCUCAGUGUUGCAGGUGGGAUGUUGCUAGAAGGUUCCCUGAGUUCUCUCCAUCCAGAUGGAAGAGUCCUGGCUAUCAUGGCAUGGAGGACAAACCCAGGCUCCACACUCCUCCCACUAGGCCCAUGUUGUCCUUGUUCAGGUAAUUCUGGGCCACAGAAGGUGUCCACCCUUUCCUCAUCACUAAAUGUGCCACUAAAGGUGGCAAAGCCAAAGUCAGCUAGUUUCAUCUUGUCAUUGACAUCAAGUAGGGUGUUUUGCGGUUGUAGGGUGUAACGCGGUUCUAGUGGCAAUACUGCACGCAGCCGGGAUUGUCCUGUCAUUACAUAGAGGCUGUCUUCAGUCUCAGUGACACCCAACGGCUUCAGCCUAUUUGGAUGACUCAGGUGCCUUUACUAUGACCUCCAUAUUGACAAGUUCCACGCCAUGGAGGCUCUGAUUGAACAUCAUUUUUUUAUCGCUGUUUAUUAUUAUUUUUUUCUUUUUCGUUCCUUGGCCAAAUAUCACCUGCUGCUAAAGGAAUAACUUCGUGUCCUCUAAGCAGCUCUGGAUCUCAACAAGCUGGGGCUUCUCUCGCACUGGCACUACAUCCCUGUGGGCACGGCCAGACGCACAGAGGUUCAGGGGCAGUGCCUUGGGCCUUAUUUGAUGGCUACCUUGGUCCCCUAUGACACUGCACCAGCCACUGCACUUCAGGAGCUUGCUAUUGUUUAGCGCCUCAUUGGACAAAUUGCAGGUGGCACCCUGCUGCCUGGUCACCUCUAUCUAUGCGAACUCUUCCCUAGCUGUGCUAGGUAACUAGCGAACGCUGCCAGCUACACGACCUAGGCUAGGACCAUUAACAGUGCUAUGAUUCCAGCUACAUGCACCAGGCUAACAGUACCAAUAAUACUAACUGUCCUAAGAAUACUGACUACACUAUGCUGUCACUACUGACACACAGUCGACUGUACUAUGCUAGCACUGCACACUGUGCUAUGCUGACAUCACUACCAGGCAGCACUGACUAUUCUACGCUAGCACGACCGACCAAUGACACUAACUGUACUGCCUACACCAACACUGCCGACUAAGGAGGAGAAAACAGUGUUGCUAUGGUCAGACUACGGGUUCUCCAGCAGCUCACUGAUCAAUAAGGGAGGGUUAUGGAGAGGGUAGGGAGGGGUGGGAAGA